AUGGACAUGGUUAUCUCGCCUGGGCCCAUAUCCACCAUAGCAUUAUGGAAUGACCCAGACACCGGCCUGAGUCAACAUCUGGGACACUGUCGCAAAGGGCGCCCCAGCUACCUCUCUGUAUCCUUCAGCCGCGAUCGUGACGAAGGCUCCGUCCACCACAUUUGUCUCAACCUCCACGUUCCUCUCGACAACGCAGAACAGUCCUUCGGUAUAACGGCUAAUUUCCGCGCGCAAUACCUCGGACCCAUCGUCACACGUUCCCAUCACCGCGCCAUCAAUUACAAGCAGCAACCUUCCAAACUCAGCCAAACGCCAGAAUUCAUCAUCAGUCAGCUGGACAGUUUUGGGAGCGAUGGCUUUAAGGAGCUCGUCUUCAUGGUACACCACCCCCCAGAAGUGCUGCUCUUCCAGGUCCAAACUCCAGACGUCUGGCGUGUUGCCGACGUCGAGGCGCAAAAGCGCAUCAGCCGCAUGCGUUCGCUGUCGCGUGCGGAGCGCCUGAGGUUGUUCAUUCCGAUGCACAGGGCAGCCAGCUUGGACGAAAUCGUGCAAGCUGCCAACUCGGUACCUGUAUUGGAAGGUCGGGCGUUCACAAGCAGUCUGGGCUACUCGGCGGAUGUGGAAGAGAAGUGGAAGGAUUGGGGUGUCAUCAUCAAGGACACCACGGACAAUACCGGCAGCGCUGACGAGAAGGCGGACUUGGCGAAGCAUGAGAAGAGGAGAAGGUCGGCGGACAGCGAGCAGCAGGCGGACAUUGGCAAAGGUCGAGACCCAAAGCGGGUCAAGCCCGACCCAAACCCCCAGAGGUCCGUACCAGCUAACACCGACAAAGCCCUUUUCCAUGUAGCUGAAGUCGAGUCCGAAGGCGGUGCCGCAACCUCUGACAGCACCACAGCGGGAACAAGCACCUUGGUCAUGUCCACAACCAGCUCCUGCUCAGAGACUCCCAGCCUCGGCGGAACAACAUUCACGCGAAUCGCUCCGACCACUGAGCUUGCAAACAAAUGGGCGGAGUGGUGGGAGUUCAUGUACGGAAGCUUGGGUGUUGCCAAGACUGAUCCGGUGCUUGUGGAUUCGAUGUUGCGUAUGAUGCAGGCCGUCAGGAACAACGACGCGGAGGAGUUUGCAGCCGGCGUAACCGACUCAGCUUUGUACUCCCUCAAUAUCGACAAGAAGGGUGACAUGGAAGUGGAGAUGUGA